AUGGCGUCCCGCUCUCUUCUCCGCACGCUGCGCCCGAUGGGCCAGCAGCUCCGCGCUGUCCCCCGUAUGGCCCCUUCGAUGCCUGCUCGCGCAUUCUCCACCGCCCCCAUGCGCUGGGACGAGCGCAGCACGAUCGACCAGCUGAAGAAGGGCGUUGCCGACCUGGGCGACCAGGCGAAGAACUUGAUGAACAAGCUCGAGUCCGAGGCGAAGGACUUCACGGACCAGGCGAAGAACCACGGCUCAACACCCAAGGCUACCGACCACUCGAUCCCUCCCUCGACGGCAGGCCAGGUCGACCCCGAGGGCGAGGUGCGCGACCCCAUGGCGGGCAACCACGCCUCCGCCUCCGGCCACACGUCUCACGGCCUCCCCCCGCCCGCGUCGGGUACGGGUGCGCCCAGCGCCGAGGUGAACGGCGGCUCCGUGCCGAUUGGCCAGGUCGAGCCCCGUCUCCAGCUCACGUUCACGUGCACGGCGGGCCCGGAGAGGAAUCAGCCCGAGUGCGGGGAGCGGAGCACGCACGAGUUCUCCAAGAACUCGUACGAGAACGGCAUCGUCCUCGUCCAGUGCCCCAAGUGCCAGGCGCGCCAUCUCAUUGCCGACCACCUCGGGUGGUUCAAGGAGAUCACUAAGGACGGCCAGCUCAAGACCCUCGAGGACAUCAUGAAGGAUAAGGGCGACGACGCCAUCACCAAGGGACGUAUCAACCAGUUUGGCACUAUCGAGUUCCCGCCCGAGGCUGGCAAGUCCUAG